AAAUUAUUAAACUUGAAUGUUUUUUGUAGUCAUCUUGCAUGUUUUGAGAGCUGGUGGAUGGUUGAGUUAUUGAAGUUGAUACAUUGUGUUAACAGCAUGUUUGAUUUUAAUAGAUACAGUUAAACUCUAUCAAUUUAUUUCAGUGCACUUUUGAUAAUAGCAGUGUUUCUGCAGGGGAUUGCCCCACUGAAUGCUGGUUAAUAGUUAUUGAACGCUGCAGAACUCUUGCAGGGAGUCAGUCAUCAUAUUGAGUUUGACCGUUUAUUGCACAAGAUUUGACCAUAUACACAUGUUAGAGUAUUUGAGGUAGUUUCUGAAAUAAAUAAAGCAACAAAAAUAAAUAUACAUUGUCUAAAUAUAAUCAACGAUUCAACAUGUCACAAACUGUAUAAUAAACAACUUUGUGAAGUGCACUGAUAUAUGGAAUAUAAACUGAGAAAUAUAUCAGCAAUAUCUCUGUGAGAAUAACAAUCUACAAAAACAAUGAAAUAUAAGUUAUAUAGAAACGAGACUGUCUCAUUAAUACAGACGUCAGUAACGUGACGUGACUGCGACGCUGAAGUAACUUGUGAACACUGCACUACGUUAUUUACGCAAGUCAUUACUGAAACAUCACGCAGAUCGCAAGAGUUCAACUUAAAGGGGAAGAAUUCACAAAAGUUGUGUUUCAGUGUCACUUCAUAAGUUACAAUUAAAAAAAACACACCUAACUGCUAUGUACAGUAUAUAUUUAUAGAUACUUCUUUUUCACACAUAUAGUGUGAGUGAAAUGCAGCUAAACAGUCAGUUGUUUCAGAUCAGAGGAAGUUAACACCCGCAGGAGGAGCUGAGGAUGUUUAAAGGAAGAGAUGUAAAUAUAGAAUGAAAAGAAAGACGGACAGAAACAGAAAAUGUCUGAUAAGUGUGACAUGUGUCUGCUGGGACUGAUCACUCUCUCUGCACUUCUCACAGGUAGCAGUGGAGUGGAUGAGACUCAUGUGUUCUGCAGUUCUGGUGAAAAUGUCCGUCUGUCCUGUAAUAAUGCUCUUCCUGGCUGCACAUCAACUGUAUGGCUCUAUAGCAGACAUUCAGAGGCAGUUGAACUGAUUACUGGAGGAAUAAAGAGGAAAGACACAGAGAGACAUGAGAGACUGAGUCUGGGCUCUGACUGCUCUCUGAACAUCAAGAACGUCACAAAAGAAGAUCGUGGAUCUUACUCCUGCCGACAAUAUGUGAAUGGAGUACAACAAGGAACUGAUGCACAAGUUUAUCUGCAUGUUCUUCAUGUCUCUUCAUCAUCCUCACAGUCUGAGAUCAGAUCAGGCCGCUCUGUGACUCUCUCCUGUCAGUUAUAUUAUGAUCGAGUCUCUUGUGAUAGUUUGGUUGGUUCUGAGGGAAUUGAUCUGAUCUGGGUGAAUCAGGCUGGUGUGAAUCUGCAGACAGACUCCAGAUUUCAGAUAUUCUCCUCAGAACAGUGUCUCAGCUCUCUGACUACAACACUCCUGAAUGAAGAUCACAACAGAGAGUGGAGAUGUCAGGUUACACAGAGAAACCAGCUGAAGACCUCAGCCACAUAUACUGUCAAGUAUUCAGCUCCGACCGAAACAAAGACACCGUCUCCAGUCACCAGCUCUACAUCAGCUGCAGCUCCUACACAACCAGAAGCUGCUGUCACAGCAUCAGAAACUGUAGUCUGUAUGACUGCUGGAUCAUUAAUCAGAGUGAUUGUGAUUAUUGUUGAGAUCGCAGUGUUUGCUGCUCCUACUGUGAUUCUUCUUCAGAUCAUCUGUGUGAGAAGAGCUGUAACGGGGUGAAGAAUCACACGACAAGAAUGGCUCGAUAAAUGCCCCGAAGGGUCCUAUCUCCGACUUCUGGAGCAAGCCUAACCAACAAGCCUCUUUCACAGAACAGCUUGCAACAUUAAGACAAAAGAAUACUCAUUGACAAGUACAAUGCCGGAAGGAGAUCGUCAAAUUUGGGACAAGUAAUCAAGAUUAAAGGUCAAAGAGAUGGCCAUCUCAUGUGUUCCACAAGAGAAAUCACGAGCUUCUUUAGAUUGACUUUUCCCCCACACAUACAAGACAAAGACUGAGACUGAAAUUCCUUUUGGUCUCCACAGAACUACACAGAGACUUUCUUUUGCAUAUGCACAUAAAACCAUCCUAAAAGGACAUUGCUAGGCAUAACACUAUAUUAUGUAUGUAACCCACACAUUAGAUUAUCAUGUUUUAAGCACAUAUUAUGUAUGUCUUUUUAAUAACUAUUGAAUGACUUUAAGGUUUAUUCGUGUUUGGUAUGUAUGAGCUUGACAAUUCUAGCUUGAAACGUUUCUUCCAAUUGAUUCUUUGUCAAAUGUAUCAUAUUCUGGUUAUAGAAAUCACAUCCAAAAGUGUACUUUGCCAGAGUCUGUAAAAUUCGGACCAUGUGACUGAUAACAUGCUGAUUUAUGAUGGAAGGAACAACCCUAGCUAAGAUAAUAGCCUAUCUAAUUGGUCAAGACAUUGACCAAAAUUCAAAUUUUGUCCAAAAAGCCGAGUUUUGACGCUGUUUUAGCGCUCUUUGAGCGUGCUCUGGCCUACAGGCCAGUUGCUACUUAACACCACGAUGAGAGGAAAAACCACCUAGUCUCGUUACUCGAUUUAUUCUUUUACUGUAGUUUAUUUUCUUUCCGUUGAGUCUCGUGUUCAAAAGUUAAGUUUGCUGCAAAGUCCAGCUCUGACUGCACCCGCUUCAAACUUCAACCAGCAACUGACUCCAAGACCAUCCUCAGCCAACACCCAACCAUUGGCUUCCCAAGACAUCACUUCAAAGACUACUGAACUUCCAGCCAAUCACCAACUCGGGAAAACCCCUUUCCUGCAACAAUGAUGACAGAAGGGAAUCCUUGUAACCAAAGGCAACGCAAGUAAAACAACUCCAGAUUCUAACUGAACUGGUGCAUUUAAUAUAAAAUUUAGCCUCAUUGAGAAACUCAACGCGAGGGUUAAUUAAGUGAUUGAUGGUUUGUUCAGGUCUAUGCGAUAGCACAUAUUGCUAUAAACUUGGGAUUUCACUUUCUCAUUCUCUAAACUCAUCCUUUCUCUCUUUUUGCAACGUGUGAAUGUGUGAAUGCUUGUGUUCAUGUGUUAGAUUAGUUUAUGUCUUAGGUUUAUAUAAAUAAAGUCGUAUUUAUAUUUAAAAGAGAAGUAUCUUGUGUUUUGUGCUUACAAGUUAAUGUCUUAAUCUGCCGAUCUUGUUACUGUGCUUAUUAAUAGUGUUUACACUAUAUUUUGGAUUUUAAUAUCCAGUGCAGAAUUAAUGUUAUACGGCUCGUUCAGUGAAUCGCUGCCGACUCGGUGAACAGCCGCAAAACAGUGAUUCUGUUCAAAUUCCCUAUAAAAUCAUAAAUGAUUCCCUUUGAGCUAAAUUAAAUUAUAUUUAUGUAUCAAACCCUACAAAUGGAAGGCCCGUGGAGAUUUACCCAGUGGCUUUGUGUGCACCAGUCGGAUCAGGAUGGGGCACCUCUUAAAAAAAAAAAGAAGCACUUUCUUCUUAAAAAAAAAAAAAAAAUUAUAAUGGCCAUGCUAUAGCAUGCACCAUGCACAAAAGCUGCUUCAGCAUUGGCCCAGCCCCAAUGAGAGAUGUGUCAACCACAUCCAGAAAUAGACUGAUGAAAUGACAUCUUUAAACAGACAUUUUCAACAGCCUUUUUAACUACUGAGAACCACUGGGAUACAUAUCUGUUGUUGCUACACAUCACACACCAAUACAUUGACAAUCAGAUUUGCACCACUUUCACAUAUUUCUGAUACUGGUGGGCCUUUUUGAAUAAAUCAUUGGAAUUUUUGCUUAAGGUUGCAACAUAAAGGCCAAUUCACAAAACAUCAACAAAUGCAGACCAACACGGUCAACAGAUUACAGAUUACACUUCCAACCAAUAUUUCAAU